AUGUGGAAAGAAGAGGACUCGGGCUCGGCGGAAAAGGGCAACGUCCACAACGUGGCCGAGGGCCGUGGCACGAGCACGGUCCUGAACCAGGUCGCCACGGUGCAGCCUCAUCCGGAUUUCAUGACGCGAACCGGAAUCAACAUUGAGUCGUUCAAAUGCGCCCACUAUGGCUACGGGCUCGUCGAGAUGGAGCGGCCGAUGAAGCCGCGCCAUCUGAACAUGAUUGCCAUUGGCGGCUCCAUCGGCGCUGGCUUCUUUGUCGGCUCUGGCGGCGCCCUCUCCAACGGUGGGCCUGGCUCACUGUUUGUCGACUUUCUCAUUAUCGGCAUCAUGAUGUUCAACGUUGUACAUGCCCUUGGUGAAUUGGCCGUCAUGUACCCCGUCUCUGGUAGCUUCUACGUGUACUCUGCCCGCUUCAUCGACCCCUCGUGGGGCUUCGCCAUGGGCUGGAACUACGUCUUCCAAUGGGCCUCUGUGCUGCCGCUCGAGCUGACCAUCUGCGGCAUCACCAUCCAAUACUGGAACCAAGACAUCAACAUCGCCGUCUGGAUCUCCGUCUUCCUCGUCAUCAUCAUCAUCGUCAACGUCUUUGGCGCCAUCGGGUACGCCGAGGAGGAGUACUGGUCCGCGCUCUUCAAGCUCAGCGCCACCGUCAUCUUCAUGAUUGUCGCCCUCGUGUGCGUGCUCGGCGGCGGGCCCUCCCACGGACGCUACAACCACUACAUUGGCGCCAGUCUCUGGUACGACCCCGGCGCCUUUGCCAACGGCUUCAAGGGCUUCUGCUCCGUCUUCGUCACCGCCGCGUUUUCCUUUUCCGGCACCGAGCUCGUCGGCCUGGCCGCGGCCGAGACCAAGAAUCCCAUAAAGUCGCUCCCCAGCGCCAUCAAGCAGGUCUUUUGGCGCAUCACCCUCUUUUACAUUCUCGGGCUCUUCUUUGUCGGUCUGCUGAUCCCGUAUACAGACCAGGAGCUGCUCAACGCCGGCGCCUACGACGACCCCCACGCGUCGCCUUUUGUCCUCGUGGGCAAGUAUGCCGGCCUGAAGGGGUUCGACACGUUUAUGAAUAUUACUAUCCUGGUGUCGGUGCUGUCCAUCAGCGUCUCUAGCGUCUACGGCGGGUCGCGAACCCUCACGGCUAUGGCCCAGCAGGGCUAUGCCCCGAAGCUGUUCACCUACAUUGACAAGUCUGGACGACCCCUGUUUUCUGUCAUUCUCAUCAUCCUCUGCGGACUGAUUGCCUAUGUCAGUCUGGAUGCUACUGGACCUGUCGUUUUUUCCUGGCUGCAGUCAAUCUCCGGCCUUGCUGCCCUGUUUACCUGGGGCUCGAUUUGUCUCGCACACAUUCGCUUCCGGCACGCGUGGAAACAGCAGGGCCACACCGUCGACGAGAUUCCGUUUCGUGCGGCCGGUGGCAUCUGGGGAUCCUAUCUCGGACUGUUUUUGAACAUUAUUGUCCUGAUUGCUCAGUUCUACACCGCGGUCGCCGCGCCCAUUGGCUCAUCCGGCGUCGGGACGGCCGAGAGUUUCUUCAGGACCUACCUUGCUGCACCGGUCAUUCUCUUUUUCUGGGCUGUUGGGUAUUUGUGGAAGCGCGAGGGUUGGAUCAGAACAUCGCAAAUCGACGUGGAUACUGGCCGUCGUGAACUUGACUGGGAUGAAAUUCAUGCCCAUCGUGCUAAAGUCGCUGCUUGGCCGAAGUGGAAGCGCGUUUGGAAUGCUUUCUUUUAA